AUGCAGAGAUUCAAGGAAGUAACGGAAAGCAAGAGUGACGUAGUGAGAGUGAAGGAAGAGCCAUGCGAUACUUGGUCGAAUGCAGGCGAAGGUUACGAUUCUUGCAAAGUCGAAAACGUUGAAACAUUUCCGUUUCAGGAAUUAUCGGUGAAACAUGAGAACGAGGAUGCGUUGCAGGAAAGCUCAGAUGAAAAUCUUAUGAUCGAUUGUGAGUGCAAAGAUUUUAAACCUAAAAUGGAGUUAUUAUCAAAAACUAUCUGCAAAACAGAGUACGCAAGAUUUAACUAUGAUAAUAAUUGUCAAUUUGUUGCGAACUCUCAUUUAAAACUUGCUGAAUAUGAAAAUCUAAAAGGUUUUGAAAAAACUGUUGAAAAAAUAUCAUCGUGUAAAUCAAAAAUUGGUCGAGAAACUCAACCAUUAAUUAACCUCAAAUCUCACAUAAAUGCAGUACGCGAUUGUAUUAAACCCUACGAGUGUGAGAUUUGUCACAAAUCAUUUGGACGAAAGCCUCACUUGAAAAAACACAUAGAAACAGUACAUGAUCGUAGCAAACCCUUUGAGUGUAAAAUUUGUCAUAAAUCAUUUGGAUACCAAUGUGUACUUAAAAGUCAUACGAUUACAGUACAUGAUGAGAGCAAACCCUUUAAAUGUGACAUUUGUCAAAAACCAUUUGGACGAAAAGGUCACCUCAAAUCUCACGUAAUGACUGUACAUGAACAAAACAAACCCUUUGAAUGUGAGAUUUGUCGCAAAUCAUUUGGACAUAAAAGUAACCUCAGAUCGCAUAUAACAGGAGUACAUAGUUGUAGCAAACCUUUUGAAUGUGGUAUUUGUCACAAAUCAUUUGGAAGAAAAGAUACCCUCAACGUGCACAUAAAAGCAGUACAUGUUCGUAGCAAACCUUUCGAAUGUGAUAUUUGUCGCAAAUCAUUUGGAUACCGGCAUAGAUUAAAAGAUCAUGUAAAUGUAGUACAUAAACGGAGUAAGCCUUUUGAAUGUGAGAUUUGUCACAGAUCAUUUGGAAGAAAAGUUAAACUCAAAUAUCACAAAAAUACAGUACAUGAACAACUCACGUAA